CUACGUCUCUCACCCUCCGUGAGAUUCACUCGAUGAGAUGACAUCGUAGCAGUUUGCAGGGCUCUCCCUUUCCUUUUCUACGCGCAGAUAAAAGCAGCUGUAAAGAAAAGCUACUUUCUCCUCCAUGCAAUUGAGAACUUGCCAAGAACUACGGCAUGGAUGCAAGUGUGCGCGGCAUCAAUUUAGAAUUUGAGGGCAUAUAAUUUUUCACCAAUACAUGAAAGUUGAUUGAAGAAGUAUGGAUUUGUUAGGGCUAAACGAGACGUUCGGCGAGUGUGCAACGUUGCGCGUUUUUUUGGCGCAGGGCGGGAGCGCCAACGCUUCAAACCGGAGUUGCGGCAACAUCUCCAUGCUGCUCACACCUCGCGGCGUGCAGCCAAAAGAUGACAACCACACGUUGACGAUCCUGCUGUACUCGCUCAUCUUCUUCUUGAGCGUGUUUGGAAACCUGCUGAUCAUCGUGGUGCUGACGGUCAACAAGCGCAUGCGGACCGUCACCAACUCUUUCCUGCUGUCGCUGGCUGUCAGCGAUCUGAUGAUGGCCGUAUUCUGUAUGCCCUUCACCCUCAUCCCCAGCAUCUUGAAGGACUUCAUCUUUGGCGCAAUCAUGUGCAAGAUAGUGGCCUACCUCAUGGGUAUAUCAGUGAGCAUCACUACCUUUGGCCUGGUUGCCAUAGCGAUUGAGCGCUACAGCGCCAUCUGUAACCCUCUGAAGUCCCGGGUGUGGCAAACCCGUUCCCAUGCUUAUCGAGUAAUUGCCGCCACAUGGCUGAUGGCGCUCAUCGUCAUGAUCCCGUAUCCGGUGGUGAGUCAACUGGACUCCUUUCCAGGGCGCAACAACACCACCGCCCAUAUGUGUCGUCCCAAAUGGCCCAUCGCUAUGGCCGAGCAAUCCUGGUACGUCCUGCUGCUGCUUAUGCUCUUUGCCAUUCCUGGGGUGGUGAUGAGUGUGGCCUAUGGACUCAUCUCCAGGGAGCUUUACAGAGGAAUCCAAUUUGAGAUGGGCCACAAAAAAGAUUCUACAGAUGCAAAGAAUGGCUUGACUGCAACAGUGUCGUGCGGCAGCGAUGACGGCGAUGGCUGCUACGUCAACGUCCAGCGUCCCUACUCAUUGGAAAUGUCCUCAAUGUCCGCCUCGGUCAAGACGCCCAAGGCCGACCGGCCACGCAGCAACACAUCGGAAGCCAAGCUGGAAGCCAAGAAGCGAGUCAUCCGCAUGCUGGUGGUGAUCGUGGUCCUCUUCUUUCUGUGCUGGAUGCCUUUGUACUGCGCAAACACUUGGCGAGCAUUUGACGACAAUUCGGCCAAAAAAGCCCUCUCCGGCACACCCAUCGCCUUUAUCCAUUUGCUGAGCUACACCUCCACCUGCGUCAACCCCAUCAUCUACUGCUUCAUGAACACCCGUUUCCGGAAGGCUCUGCUCGCUACAUUCUCCUGCUGCGCCACCCCUUUCCGUCGCCAUCGUUCCCGUGGGCUGAGGGACAACGAGGAGGACGUUAUGGCCAUGGGACCAUCCAUGUCCAAGUUUAGUUACACAACGGUCAGCACCAUGGGAACCUGCUGUGGCUGAUGGAGGAAGUGCCUGUCUGGACCAGACAGUUCCCAGGACAACAUGGUAUACAACAUCUACUUUGUUUAGGCCAAACAGUUGGCAUCAUGUAGCGAUAUAGUAUCUUAAUUCCAUAAUUGUGAGAAAAUAAAUCGUCGUAUUAAAAAUCCCAGUGUCUCAAUGAACAGUGUAUACAUCAACUGAAACACAGAAAAAGGGAAAGCGCUGGCUUAGGUGUUAUAUCAGGGCUGUAGAAAUUACAGCGUGGGCGACAGAUGCGGCCAGCUGUCAUAUCCCAUAAUGAACUGACUGCUACUACGACACUGAUUUCAAACAUAGCUUUUUUUAGAUUUGCCAAAAAACUAAGAAACGAUUUAGAAGUGAAAUCGUAAUGAACAAGUUUAUUCUUAACGCCCAAAUGAAUAAAUAUAGGCGUAAAUUAAAAUAGUUUCUGCUCCAUGUGAAGGUCAGUUUGGUACAGAUUGCUCUGGUUUUGAUUCUGUAUGUGGAGACUGAUUAGUACAGGGGCAGAUAUAGGAUGGAAGGUCACCCCCAAUUUUAUAUACACGUAUAUAUGUAUAUGCAUACAUAUAAUUGGUGAGCAUAUCUUCAACUACGCCGAGACGCUACUGUGACUGAUAGUCAUUCAACUGCCUUGUGGAAUAAGUGCCUGCUUGUUAAUGUCCUUCUCAGUACUUAGACUUGAGGUGCGUUGAUGUAGAUUUAAAAAAAAUCAAGAAAGUUUAAACAAUAAGAAAUGGAUUCUGCAACUGUGAUCUGGAGAGAUCAACUUCAGCAAAUGAUUGAAAACACCCUUUAGUAUUAAACAAGGAAGUGAAGAAACCAACAGUACAGUACUACGUUGAUAGCAAACUAGUUGAGUGAAUCAACAGCGCCUCUGCUGGUUCAUCCAACUAGUGCACUCCAUUUACCCUCAAUUGCUUCAGAGCCCACUUAAUCACUAAAUCCACAAAAUUGUUGAUUAAUUAGUAGAUUAUUACUCACAUCCUUAAUUGCAAUAGCGUAGUCUAAUCACCAUCAGGCUCAUGCCUGCCAAAAUUUCUGCACUGAUGAUAAAAAUAAUUGUGGGUCAAUUUGCACUUUCUCAAUCUUUUACAAGUAAUUGAUGAUCAAAUUAUUGAUGUGAUAUAUAUAUUUGGUUAUUAUUUUGGUGCUGGCUAAUGUAGCGUUAGGACUGGCACAUGGCUACUGAUUAAUUUGAAGGCCAAUCAGUUUAAUUUGCAUUUCUAAAAGAACAAAUUUGCCCAAAUUACCUUUAAUAAUGCUUUUUUUUCUGCACGUUCUUAUUAAUAACAAACGAUAUAUGUGAAGACACUGUAAAUGAUUUUUCACAUUAAGAAGAAAAACGUCAAUGUGCACCCCGUGGUUGGGACUUCUGAUAAUGAGUAUUUUUGUUUUUCCCCGUAACAGCAAAUUGGCAGCAGCCUUCAAUACUUAACAGUGGCACCAAGGGUAUUAUGUAAUUAUUUGUACAUAAGUUCAGGCACUUUUCAGAGACUCCAUAUCCCUGCAGAACUAAUGUGCCAGCUUCAUCAUUACUGCCAGAAUAAUGUCUGUCUAACAUUGUUAUCACUAAUACAUGCUGAUGGCUCCACGAUGGUUGCUAGGAGUAUAAACUACUUGUGAAAGGUAUCACGGGUUAAGAGGGCAUUGUAAUGGAAAAUACAUUGUGUGCAUAUGUGUUUACUGUAUAUAGAAAACUAUAGGAAUCUAAUAGCGACUGUGUUUAUGACUGACACUUAGAAAGCUUUUUUUGUCUUCAGAGAGCUUAGUGAGAAUAAUUUCCCUGCGGUGUCACAAAAGGUUGUUGACAGACAUGCCGGCUCAUCAUCUUGCCACUUAUAAUGACAUCAACUUAUUAAAUUUAGUGUAGCAAAUAGUGUCACUCAUUUUCCUUCCAUAGUGAAAUCCAUACCGAGCAAACUGUACUAGUAUAAGACAUGCUGUGAUUUGAAGCCAAUGCAACGCAAUACAUUGAGUUGGGCAUGUUCAUCUAUCCCUUUUUUGAAAAAACAGCUAUUGAUUUGGUACUGGAUCUGCAUCGGCAGAC